UCCGUUGGUGCGCUUUUCUUUUUAGCCCACGGAGUUCCCGCUUCUGGUGCCCGUGUCUCCUGUCUGAACAUCGACUCCAUCAGACGGUUUUAAUUCAAUCUUUAAUUUCAUACAUUUAUUCCUCAAAUUUGUCUCCUUCUUCAGAUCUCCUCAAGUGCUUCCAGAUUUUCUACGCGGUUCUCUUUUCCAAUCGACGCAUCCGCUUCAUCGGAUCUUCGACUUUGCCUGAUAUAACUCUGUUGGCUUACCUGAGGGUGAUGCAAAUAGCUCUUUGAAGUGUCAUUACCAGCCAGUUUCCAGCUAAUUAAAAUUUAAUAGCCACUUUUUAAUGAGUUAGGUUGCAAACUUAAUAUCAUUGGCAUCAUGGAAAAUGAAAGCUCAACUGAGAAAAAUGUGGUGAAUUCUUCAACACCUGAAAAGGAGGGAGAAGUAUGUUAUCCACAGAAAGAUCAUGGAGAACAAAUGAAAGCUUUGAGGAUCAGUGAGGAAAGUCCCAAUCCAGAUAGCAAUGAGGGUCUAGAUGACUCGAAUAACAAGGUGGAUGAUAGGAAGGAAUUGGGGUCUGAAAAUAAAAAAGAAAUGAAUCAGGAUGACUUGAAUAACCAGGUUGAUGAAAGUAAGGAAUUGGAGUCUGAAAAUAAAAGCGAAACAUAUCAGGAUAUCAAGGAAAAUCUUAGUGAGGAGAAGGAACCAGAGCCUGUCUUUGAUGGAACUGAGAUUCCUGGGAUGGAAGCUAGCAGGAGUAUGUCUACCCGUCCUUUGGAUCUUGACACAGAAACACAAGGUUCUGCUUGGCCUGAGAAGGCUGUAGCACUUAAAAACUUUGUCAAGGAGAAAGGUACAGUUGCAGUCUCUAGUGUUUUGCGUGUCCUUUCGGGGAAAACAGAGGAGGAUGUACAUGCUGCUCAGGAUGAUGAAGAUAAGAAUAAAACUGGUGUUAAGGAGGUUGUAGAUUCCCCCAAAGAAGGUGAAGCCAAAGAAGCAUCUCAAAAACCAGUGGAACGGUCUGCAUGGAAUCCCCUAAACUAUAUUAAGAUUUCGCGAGAAGUUGAUGCAGAAAACAAAACCGAACAGAAGGAGGAAAUCAUUGAAGAACCUGCACGUCCAGUGGGUAUGAAAGGAAGAAUUAUACUGUAUACAAGAUUAGGAUGCCAGGAAAGUAAAGAGGUUCGGCGAUUUCUACUUCAGAGAAGACUCAGAUAUGUUGAAAUUAACAUUGAUGUGUACCCUAGCAGAAAGCUAGAGCUAGAAAAAAUUGCAGGGUCUUGUGCUGUUCCGAAGUUGUUUUUUAAUGAAGUCCUUAUAGGGGGAUUGAAUGAGGUAAAGGGCCUUGAUGAGUCUGGCAAGCUUGAUGAGAAGAUUAAUUAUGUGAUUUCUGAAGCACCAUCAUUUGAAGCUCCUUUGCCACCACUUUCUGGUGAAGAUGACUUGUCCAGUAGUGGGGCAAUUGAUGAACUAGCUGCUAUUGUCCUCAAAAUGAAAGAAUCUAUUGUUGUUAAGGACCGUUUUUAUCGAAUGCGCAGGUUCACCAACUGCUUUCUGGGCUCAGAAGCUGUGGAUUUUAUAUCAGAAGAUCAAUACUUGGAAAGGGAAGAGGCUAUUGAAUUUGGGCGAAAACUUGCAAGUAAACACUUCUUCCAAAACGUUCUUGAUGAGAAUGAUUUUGAGGAUGGCAACCAUUUGUACCGGUUCUUGGACCAUGAUCCUGUAGUGUCGUCUCAGUGUCACAAUUUCCUGAGGGGCAUACUUGAUGUGAAGCCAAAGCCUAUAAUAGAAAUUGCAUCAAGGCUUAGAUUUUUGUCUUAUGCUAUCUUUGAAGCUUACACAUCAGAAGAUGGAAAGCAUGUUGAUUACAGAAGUAUCCAUGGGAGUGAGGAAUUUGCUAGGUAUUUGAGAAUAGUUGAGGAGCUCCAAAGAGUAGAUUUGCAGGAUAUGCCAAGGGAAGAGAAGCUUGCUUUCUUUAUAAAUCUCUACAACAUGAUGGCCAUCCAUGGAAUAUUGGUGUGGGGUUUUCCAGUUGGACCACUUGAGAGAAGGAAGCUUCUUGGAGAAUUUAAAUAUGUUGUUGGUGGGUGCACCUAUUCACUUUCUGUUAUUGCAAAUGGCAUCUUAAGGGGCAACCAGCGACCGCCAUACAACCUCAUUAAGCCAUUUGGAAUGAGAGACAGACGUGCCAAGGUGGCUCUUCCUUACCCGGAGCCUCUUAUCCACUUUGCACUGGUUUUUGGUACCCGAUCUGGCCCUCCUCUCAAAUGCUACUCACCUGGGAACAUUGAUCAAGAAUUGGUGGAAGCAGCCCGUAAUUUUGUAAGAAGUGGAGGAUUAAUUCUAGAUGUUAAUGCAAAGGUCGUAUCAGCCAGUAAGCUCCUAAAAUGGUAUAGUGUAGAUUUUGGCAAGAACGAAGUUGAGGUAUUAAAGCAUGCAGCAAACUACUUGGAGCCACCCAUCUCCGAAGAGUUACUGGAGGUGCUUGCUACCGGCCAGUUGAAAGUGAUAUAUCAGCCUUAUGACUGGGGAUUGAACUGCUAGCAUUAGUUUUCAGCUACCGUACAUGCCAAAAGCAGAUUUAUACCGCUUCCCUGUUUUAUCAUGGGCCCUGCAAUAGGGAAGUAUCGAUAAUUGUGCCAUUAAUGAUUUUCUUUUGAUUCCAUCUAUCUGUCAUCAUUGGCAAUGGCACCUAGGGUUCGUAGUGAAUACUGGAGAACUGUCUUAGCAUAUAAACUUUUGACCUUUGAUGAACUUGUUUCAAAGCACAAGGGAAAAUCAUUCAAUUCACCAUUUUUAUUCCUUUCUCCUA